UAAAAUAUAUGCCUUGCUCUCCUUCUUCUUCUUUUUCUUCAUCUCACCUACCUCCUCUCUUGUUACUCAUUAUAAACCUUCUCUUCCUCUCUUCCCCAUCUUUCUUUGAUUUCUUUGUCCGAUCCACUUUCAUAUCGACGUCCAUGGAGACGAAGACGCUGUUCCCGUUCCAUGAUGCGGCUGUAGUCGAGCCCAUCAAGGAGCUCGAUCUGUUCUCCAGCGCACGGCCGGAACUCCUCCUCCACCGCCGCCGUCGCCGUUCUUGUUCCCCUGACGUCGAUAUCGGGCUGAAUCUGGCGACGUCCGGUAGUAGUCGAGUUACAGAGGAGGAGAAAUCUAGCAAAAGCAGGGUGAUUGAGGUUAAAGUGGAGCUGAGCAGAGUGCUGGACGAGAACCGGCGACUGAGAAGCAUGCUGGAUCAGCUCGCCGGGCGCUGCGAAGCGCUGCACGGUCGUCUGGUUCAUCUCCUGAGGGAGAGAGAUCGCCGUCGAGCGGCGGAGAAACCGGAUGCUGGAGGGAUCCCCGAAAUGAUGGUACCAUUUGCAGAUCAUGAUGAAGAUGCGACGACGACGGCGGUGGGGGCGGUGGCGGCGCCGACUGACUUGGUGCAGCAGGAGAACGACAAGAGCGACGUCGGUGCAGUGCCGGAGCUCCCUCGAAGGAGAGCUCGAGUUUCAGUUCGGGCACGAUCAGAUGCGUCAAUGGUAAUGAUCGGUGAUGGAUGCCAGUGGAGGAAGUACGGACAGAAGAUGGCGAAGGGGAAUCCUUGUCCUCGAGCUUACUACCGCUGUACCAUGGCCGUCGGCUGUCCGGUUAGGAAGCAGGUGCAGAGGUGCGUGGAGGACAGGGGCGUGCUGGUGACGACGUACGAGGGCAGCCACAACCACCCACUGCCUCCGACGGCCGCCGUCAUGGCGAACACCACCGCCGCAGCCGCCGCCAUGAUUCUCUCCGGCUCCGCCAGCAGCAACCUAGGUGACUCGAUCAUGGCGGGCCUGCAGCGCCCCUUCCCGUACGUUGCUGCUUCCCCUGCCGUGGACGCCGCCACGCUGGGCGCGCCUUUCCCCACCGUCACGCUCGACCUCACGCAGUCCUACUCCUCCACCGCCGCGCUGCUCCGGCAGUUGCAGCAACAGCAGCAGAUGCCGCUGGACUUGCGGUGCCUCCUCCCGCAGCAGCCGCCGAUGGUGGAGACGGUCACGACGGCGAUCACCAAGGACCCCAAGUUCACCGCGGCCUUGGCGGCCGCCAUGGCAUCCAUCGUGGGGUCUCCGAGGCCGAGCAGUGCUGGCCCAAGUGACUCAAGUGGGCCUGGUCUUGGGCCUGCUACUUAUGGGCCACCUCAAUUUCCCAAGCCCUGCGCCACCUUUUCGUUCAAGUAAUUAACUAAUGGAGGAAUGAGAGUGUGAGAGAUUACAAACACCCACCUUUGUGUUCUUCAUAUGUAUAAUAUAAUAGUAAAUCUAUCUAGUCAGAAUCUGGUUCUGGUUGGCCAGAACUAAAUUAUAAUGUACGUAUGUAAUUAAUAUAUAGAGAUGAUAUUAAUAAAAUAUCUUUAAUAAUAA